CAACACAGAAGAGAGUUCAUCCCGUUCGCCAUCUCUCUCUCUGCACUUUUUUUUAAGCAUACCUGAGACCUGAGAUAGAAACUGGAGGUGGCAGUCAGGGUCUGAUGGAAGGGAGACGUGCGUGCCUGCCGGUGAAAAGGGAUUGACACGAAUCCGGCCAAGUCCAAUAAAUUCUUCUCAUCCUGUGGCUUGACUUUCCUCGGCCGAAAAUGGAGCUGCCUGCGAUUCUGCAGGACUUGCCCCACCUAAAGGUGAUCCUGGCCAUCAUGACCGUGACCACCCUGGUGCUCGGAUUAUUGGUCAACCUGCUCGAACCCUACUUGCCCGCUUUUGUGAUUCAGGCGCUGCGUUAUGGAAAGUUCGCCUACAAAGGACCAAAGCAGUCUUGGAUCAAACCGAUUGAAUUUCCCAAAAGUUACUUCAAGCACUUCUACUACUUUGCCGCCUUCUACACUUCAUACAUCACUUAUCUGACCUUUUUUGUCUACUACGGCAAUGCUUCAGUUCCCCACUGGUUCAUCAAAUUCCUCGACUUGCUUGCCUCAAGCAAAAGAGAAGCCACUGUUUCUUCAGGCCGAGUUUUAGUUGCAUUGCUGCUGUUGUCUCUGCAGUGUUGGAGGCGCUUGUACGAAACAACCUGUGUCAGUGUUUUCUCGAGUGGCAAAAUCAACCUUGCCCAGUAUUUGGCCGGAUUUUUCCACUACCUCUUUGCAGCAGCAGCAAUUGUAGCCGAGGCGCCUGUUUUUGCCAGCAAAGGAAAACGAGUUUCCGAGGAUGACGGCUUGAGUGCAAUUUCGAUUGCAGCUGUUGGAAUUUUCCUGUGGGCGUUCAUUCACCAAUAUAGGACUGCAGUUAUUUUGGCCGAUUUGAGGAAAGAUGGAAAAGGCAAAGUAGUGACGACCAAACACAGAAUUCCUGAGGGAGACUGGUUUGAGGCCGUGUCAUCCCCACACUUGCUGGCAGAAAUUUUGAUGUAUUUAACCUUAACCAUGCUGCUAUGGAAUAACACCUGCUGGCUCUUCAUUUUGGUCUGGGUCCUUGUUAAUCAGAUUGAAACGGCCUUACUGAGCCACUGGUGGUACAAAGAUACUUUUAAAGAUUAUCCAAAAGAGAGGAGAGCACUUAUUCCGUGGAUAUUUUAGUUCCUUUCAAUUCCUAUAUAUUGGUGUCACAAAGACUGAUGAGUUCAUCAAUGCUUGAAUAAUUUUGCGUAAUUUUGUAUUAUAUUUUUAAUUGUGUUUGCAUUUAUAAAUAUUUUAUUUUGAUAUUA